AUGGGAGACGCCGAAAGCUUCACUGCAAGUCCCUCGACCCUAGAGGAACUGCAGACGAGUGAACAGCGAGUUCUACUCGACACAAUCACUCGGGUCCGAAAAUGUGGUCUUGACAGCAUACUGUCUCUCCCUCAGAUCGUUGUCUGCGGAGAUCAAUCAUCCGGGAAAAGCUCCGUCCUGGAGGCUUUGACAGAGAUUCCCUUCCCUAGGAAUGAUAAUCUCUGCACCAGAUUCGCCACUGAAAUCAGCCUGCGUCGCGAAGCCGUUGAGAGGUUCACGGUCAAGAUAGUGCCAGAUGGCACCCGUCCCCAGGACAAGCAAGAAGAGAUCAGGGCGUUUUCCGAGUCACUGUCUGACUUGUCUGAUCUACCCGUGGUUAUGGAUGCAGCCAUGAAAGUCAUGGGCAUCGCGGGAUCCAGCGACAGUCAAACCCCUAGCGCCUUUGCCGGGGACACGCUGACCAUCGAAAUCGAUGGCCCAAACAGACCCCAGCUAACUCUUGUCGACAUCCCGGGCCUUAUUCAGGCCUCGACAAAGGGUGUGUCCGACCGGGACGUCGCAAUGGUCAAGGAAAUCACCGACCAUUACAUAUCUCAACCUCGCACCAUCUGCCUGGCAGUUAUUUCUGCCACGAACGACGCAGCGAAUCAAGGAAUUCUUCAGCAAGUCCGCACUUUUGACCGCAAGGGUGAGAGAACAUUGGGAGUCAUCACGAAGCCAGAUAAACUAGAGUCCGGGUCUGGUUCCGAGGCCGAGUUCCUUGCGCUGGCUCGGAACGAAAACGUGUUUUUCGAGCUUGGCUGGCAUGUGGUCAAAAAUCGCAGCUUCAAUGAGCGAGACUCAUCACUGGAAGACCGCAACAUGGCGGAAAUUAGCUUCUUCCGCACUUCCAACUUCAAAGCCCUGCCCAAGGAAACAGUCGGCAUCGAUACCCUUCGCGUUCGACUCAGUCGUCUGCUUUACAAGCACGUAAAGAACGAGAUUCCACGUCUGAUGGGAGAUCUUGAGGUGGCUCUUGAGUCCUCCAAGGCAGAACUAGGCCUUCUGGGUAGCUCCAGAUCCACAGCUCCAGAGUGCCGUGCAUACUUGACACAGCUAAGUAUGGACUGCUACGAGAUCUGCAAGGCGGCACUGAAUGGGCACUACGAGCACCGGUACUUCAAGUUAGAUGGCGAAUAUAAAUUCAGUUCGAAGCACCAAACAACAAUCGCGCGACUUCGCGCCACCGUUCAGCACUUUAACAAUGACUUUUCGGAGCUUAUCCGGACCAAUGGGCACAAGUAUAUAAUUUCUCGAGAGUCGGACCCGAAACCGGAGACCGAGGAUGAGUCGGACUCGAACCAAGAGGCCAAGGAUGAGCCGGAGCCAAAAGCCAACUCUGAAAAGCCAGAGCCCCAAAAGCUGUCCAAGGCCAAAGCCACCGAAUGGGUUCGGCAGAUUAUUCUGCGAUCACGCGGAACAGAGCUUUUUGGCAGCUUCAAUCCCAAUGUGGUUGCUGAGCUUUUCUGGGAGCAAUCUCAGCCUUGGCCUCGGCUGGCAAAAUCCCACAUAGACUGCAUCAGUCAAGUAUGUGAGCGAUUUCUUGUUGGCCUUAUUGAUCAAAAAGGGGCAAAAGGUGUGGCCUCUCGCAUCUGGAUGCCUCUGGUCAAGAAUGUGCUCAGACAGCGCGAAAAGGCUGCUCACGACGAGCUCAACAACCUGAUAGAAGAUCUCAAGUGGUUUCCCAUUAAUUACAACCACUAUUACACUCUGACUGUCCAGAAGGCUCGUCAUCAAAGGUUUCAGAAACAGCUUACAUCUGUUGGGAUUCAGGACCACCUACGCAAAGAUUAUUGCAAGCAUGGCGGACAUUGUAAGAAACACGAUACGGAAGGAGCUGUAAACCGACUUUUGUCUGCAGUAGACGAGGCAUACGUUGCAGACAUGGACGACUUCAGCUGCCAGGAUGCUCUAGACAGUCUCCUUGCGAUCUACAAGGUCCAGCAAAAGGUCUUUAUUGCCAACGUCACCACACAGGUGAUCGAACGGCAGAUGUUGCGCGGGCUUGAUCUUGUAUUCUCGCCGAUUGUCGUGGCGGAAAUGAGCGAUGCUGAUGUGGUGUCUGUUGCGCUGGAGAAUUCGGCCACUCAGCGACAGCGGACUUUUCUCACAGACCGAGUAUCUAAGCUGGAGGAGGGCCAGAGAAUCUUCCGCGCUGCCAUGGGGUCGGUCAUGGUCUCGCAGGCUUAG